AUGGCCGAGCCCGAGAUCGACAAGGAGCCAAUCGAGGGCAUGCGGCAGCCCGAUGUGCUAGGCAUGAUGCGGCUCGAGAUGGUCGAGCAGCCAUUCAAAGAAGUGCUAGCCGACGCUGCUCUACCGCCGCCCACUGAUGCGGAUCGCUUCUACCAGUUUGCAAUUACCGGCGACUACCAACACUUCUCAACCAUCCACUAUGCGGUCAUCGACGUCGGCACGACAACGAAGAUCGGAAAAGAACGCAUGCGCGACGUCCUGACGCAACUCAUCAGCUCACCGGAGUGCCGCCCGCGGAACUGCCAGAUAUGGCUGAAGGACAUUGCUGCCGACGAAGUGUGCGACAUUUUGAAGGGCAUGGUUACCACCCCGUAUGCUGAGGACGUUGGACGGAGUCUCCUUCGCCUCGAGAUGCGAGAUGUCUGGGGAAGUGUGGCCGAACUUGCGUCGUCCCUACAAAGCUUCGUCAAAAUCCGGACGACGCCCGUCUACGCGACAUUCCAGGACCCACGUGACGUCCGGAGCCAGGUCAAAGGCAAGGGCACUGUGCGGCAAUACAUCAGCGAGGAGGCGCUGCUCACUUCGGCACGCAUCAACUACCUGAUGCACUUCCAGCUCGAAGUGCCCGGGCGGCCCCACGUCGAGCUGCAGCUCACUUGCAACGACCGUGUGCGCGAGAGGAAGGACCAUAAAGCGAUGCGGCAUCGUUACAUCACGGUCGAGCAAGUGUUGGGCACCCGGAAGACGACCUUCGCCACCGAAUUAUUCGAGACGCACCCCUUCGACGUGGACGCCACCGAGGACGAGAUGUCGAAAGCAGCCGACGCCUACCCAGCAAUCUAUACCCUUCAAGAUCUCUACGAAUGCGUCACGGCAAUGCCCGACGGUACUUUGGCCCCU